UCUCCAUCGCCAUUUACGAUCGACGCGACCACCUUGGAAGCGUCCGUUCACGGUAUGAUUGAGAAAAAGCAGCGAGAAAAUAUCGCAAAAGGAGGCAAGACGUAGAGGCGGAGGCGUAGAUAAAUGUAGUCGCGAGAAGACGUUGAAGGCGAACAAUAUCUGUCUGUAUUUUGAAAACACGCGGGAAGAGAGAAACUUAUGUGUAGGAAAGUCGAUGAAAAAGCAGUAGCUUCAGGUCAACCAAGAGAGAGAGAGAGAGAGAGAGAGUUGAGUCCGACCAGAAUGGACGAGACGGUUAAGAAUUCCACUAAGGAAGCCAUGCAAACUAUCGCGAAAGAUUACUCAAUGGUGUUGGAUAAAAACAGAUCGACUUCUUCAUGUUCGAAGGAGCAUGAAGAGAAAAAUCACGCGUUUCGAUCUCGUGCCGAGAAAGGGGAGGAAAAAUAUUUGAAGAAUCCGUUCGAAAAUCGACGCGCAACAGGAACACGUUAUUUUUCGCGGCGACGUUCGCGAGCAGCCUAUAGCGAUCCAUACGUUGAAACGAACGAAUGCGCGAUACCGCUGUCUGUGAAAAGUAAGAAUAAGAAACACUGGAAUCCAGCGAAUAACAUUAACGCUGACAAUCGCAGAAUGACCGGAAAUGUCAACAUUUAUAUUUGUUCAGAGACUAAUGAGAGCGGUCAGGCAAAGGGCAAGCCAAGACUGAAUGCUCCAAGCUGCAUGGACGCAAGUUCCGAUGCAAGUACCGAACUCCGAUCGAGCUCGAGAUACGUGAGUGGCAGUAGUGCGUCAUUACGCAAACCGAUAAAUGACGUAAGAGAAAAACGGCAAAAAGUGUUACCAUCCAAUUCCAUUCGGAAUAAGGGAGAGAGAAACAGCAUCGUCCGCGACAACGAAACGUGGCGCAAAACCCGCACAACGCAGACGAGCGAUUCCAACGAGGAUGGACGUCAGGUGGAUGUCAAACUUAGCGACCAAGAGGAAAGCAAAAAUGCAAUCUCGUCGGUUCGUCCCAGCAAGGACCAAUCUCUACCAAUCUCGGCCAAUCUCUACCAGCACUCGUCGAAUUCUGUUGGGCUCCCGCGCGACAAUUCUCAAGGCGCGUCGUCUUGGAUCGCGAUUUACCCUUCGGAAGCGAGAUGUAGAUGUGUGAAUACCGACCUUUACCUGUCGAGUACGAUCAACGUACCAAGCGGACGAAAGGAUCGCCGUGAGAAUGAUGAUGUCUGCGGAAUAACGGAUAGCGGAUGUACCAUGUACGAUGCGAUCGAUAGUAGCGGAUCGUUAUUAAAAUCGGCUGGCACGGACUGCGCCACGUGCUUCACCGACGAUUCCGAGUGUCGAGAUGUAAAGAUGUUUCGGGACUCGAUACUAAACCGUAGGGACAUUCGGGAGAAACGGAUGGGAGUCUGUAAGGCACAUUCGAUCGAAUGUAAUCAGCAGCGCGCGGCUCGGCAAAGGUCCACGUGCAGUUGCAUCGCAGAGGAGGAGGAAGAUUGCUGUACCAGCGUCGUGAAGGAGCGCCCGGUGAACUUGCGCCCAACGCGUGUAAUUUGCAGCGAGCCGGCGCGAGACGCAACUGUGCGCGUGAUCUCGCUCAACAAUGCUGGAGAUAGUCUCUCUCCAAUAUCUAAAAGUAUAUUUCGGGUUUCGAAAUGUACGAAAGCGACUGCUGCUGCGUACGGAGCAACGCUUGAAAAUUCGCAAGAAUCUUCGAAAGUAACAAGAGUCUCUAAGAAAUUGGCUGCUGAAGAGCUCCCGUUCUUAGGUAUCGCAGUUUGCAAGACGAUAUACGCCGAACCAAAGGGACCGCCGGAAGAAGGAAUGGUUCGCGAGACGGUCGCUUUGCGAAAGAAGUCCGACUUGGAAGCUCCAGACGAAGCCCUAGAGGAAACAAUUUGUAAGAUUCCUCACUUAAACUUUGCCGACCGAGACGUUGUUGAAAGGUUAUCUGUAAACGAUGCUAAAGAUAAACUCGCGAAAGAGAAGAGAAACGGAACAGAUUUAAACGACCGGAGGGAGAAUGUUGUAGAUUGUGAAAGAGUGACAGUACAGUUUGCUGACAGUUCGCGUAACAAUGUCGCUCCUAAUCUUGACAAACAACAGUCUGCCGAAUAUAGAAGGAAAAAUGUUUCGUAUAAGAAAUCCAACGAUUCACCCGUCUCGAUCAGAGCGAUCAGGGGUUUUAAACCAUUGUCAGAAGGUCAAGAUCCCAUAAAGUUUUCAGUAGACGAUCGGUCAAACUAUUCCAAGAAUAGCGAAGACGCGAAGGGAACGCUGAAGAAUUCCGUUGAUCGAGAAAAAAGAGUAAGGAUGCGAUUAUCACCUCUGCUCCGACCAAUGAGAAGCCAUUUAGAGUCAGUAUCGAAGUAUCCUGCUGAGCGAGAUUUUACAUCAACUGACGGUAAACAGCCUAAAGAGAAAAUGGCGGAAACGUCAAAAGAGGAGAACGACAAGAAGGACCGUCCGGACAAAAUAGGAUUGUUGACAAGAAAUCCGAAAGAUACGCCGUUAUAUCGCUCGCUGAAAAAACUGUUGGAUUUAAUUCAGCACCGUAAAGCCAUAAGGCGAAUGAAAGAUGAAACGGAAAAAAAUCGGAAUGACUUGAUGAAAAAGACGCAGCACGACGCAAAGGAGGACGAUUCAAAGCCGAGGAGUAUUCCCGAAAGGCUAGCUGAAAUUAACGACUAUGAGAAAGACCGACGAAACAUUGGUGAAGCAGCAUAUAGACCAAUGAGACCUUCGCUCGCAAACAAGCACGAAAUAGUCGGGGAUAUUGCGUUCGAAAGCCAGAGACCGACUGCGACAGACGCAACUGAACUCUCCAAAGGAGAAGCCGAAGAAAGAGAUAUUUCUGAUUUGAGUCAGACUGCACCCUCAAAGCCUAAAUUAUUGCGCAUCAUCUCGGCGAAAAGGUCGCGUCUUCGACCGACUAAAACGACAGCCGAGCCUAAAUCUCCAGAGAUCGAAACGAGAGUCGUUAGCGAAGAAAUUGCCCGAACAAACGAAAGUACCGAUCGAGACGAAAUCCCGCUCGAGACUGCCCCUGCAAAAAUCACAGAAGAUACCAUAGUGGCUGAGUCGACCGACAUAAGCGUCCAAGACGCGGCAAAGGACACCGUCGCCGAAACACCGAAAGAUAUAGCGGUUGACGAGAACAGAGUCUCGGAGGGUAUUGUAGAUGUAACAACGGACGGCCUGCGGGAGAAAGUGGAAGAAGCGCCGCGAGAGCCUGUUUCUUGUGAAUGCGGGACACACUUUGAGCCGAAUAGUGGUUUGCGCUCAGUUACCGAGCGCACAGAGUGCAAAGACCUUCUCGAGGACUGUUUUCGCAAGUACAAACAAUCGGAGGCGAAAGAAAGAGAGUGCAUUCGCGCGCCGCCGACACAGUAUCCAAAGAGCCGCUCCAAGAUUGACAAACUGAUACUUUGCACUGUAUCGCCUUUGAGUCCACGCGUUUGCACCAAUUAUCGCGGAACAAGAAAAGAAUGUAGGCAGGCCGUGAUCCCUUUUCAUUGCUGUAGACACGGCCAGGAAUGCGGAUGCGACAUGUGUGAAUGCAAAUGCAGUCUAGACGGAUGUAAUGAAGUACCGAUCAAUCGUGUCGAUUGCUGCAGAAGAAGAGACAAGCGUUAUCGCGGCACCGAGAGCAGUCGCAAUCGCCACAAGCCGAUGAUUUGUCUGUACUGCGACAAUCCCCGGGACGAGUGCACAUGCAAAGCACCGAUCGGCAAAUGUUCACGCUGCGGAUUGCCAUCGGAUGUUUGCGAUUGUCAGGACGACCAAGGUCACGAUCGUGCUCGUGUUGUCGGAUGUGCGAACAAAGGUGGAUCGAUUCGAGUCACCAGUUGGAAGCCGAAAAGGGAAGUCAGACGGUAUUUCGCGAGAAACGAUUUUGGGCCGGGCGCCAUCAAAGAUUGUCGCUGUCACGAGAAGCCAAAGCAACAAUGGCCCGAAGAGCUACCUUAUCAGCGGUUGAACGUCUUCUCGGAUGUGAUGAACGAACUGCAAAGGAAGAUGAGCGAGUCCGUAUGCUGCAGACGAUGCACGAGGGAUACUUGCUGCGGCGGGGACUCGCAGGUCAAUUCAGGAAGAUGAAGGAAAGGAAAGGAGGAGAGUCGAGGAUUACGUGAGGUAUGCGGUUACCGCGAGAGAACAAAGAUUUCCUCCGCGAUCGAUCCCGAUGGUAGAUAAAACGUUACUGGGAAGUAGAGUAGCGAAUCAUUUGUUAGAGAGAGAAUUCACUUUUCCUGCGCGCGUUGUGGCAAUAUAUAAAUCGAGAAAGAAGUCAAGUUUUGAGUCAUCUUAAGCUGCACAGAGAAGCGUUUGCGAUGGUAAAUAUUAAAGUGGCACGUUUCUUGUUGACGGAAUAAUAAUCGCGUCGGACAAGCUGUAUCAACAGUGUGUUGCCUCUUUGCUUCUUAAAUAUAUUUACUAUUUUGCACCAUGCGUCCGACACAAACGCAUUCCAAUAUCAUUACUCAACAAAAUCAGAAUUAAUUAUAUCGGUUACAUCCCUCGUGGAUUUCUUACGUCGUAAACUAACAGCGUAGAUACUUCAAAGCGGAAGAAGCUAGGAGGAACUUGUCCUACAGAUCAAAUUCUGAAGACGAACGUGAUUGAACGUCAUUCAACAUUGUUGCAUCAUUGAUAUCGACUCGAUGUCUCGCUCGUUUUUGCCAAUCAUCGGCCUGCGACUGCGGGAAAAGUACAAGCGCAAGAAAUCGCUGGCAUAAUAUAUUAUUGCAAGAGUUUACCCUGCAUGUGAGUGGAUCGCAAUCGUGCGCCCGUUAAUGAUGGAAAUUUUCAUUAUAAAAUAUAAUUUUUUUAUAAUUCAAUAUAUGCAUUCAAAACUUGAAUAACGUUUAAUUGGUACGAUGAAGAUUUUUCAAAUUCGAAGUAAUAGGGAUAUUAACGAUGUUGAGUCUCAUUGAUGAGACUCAUAUAUAAGAAUCUCUGAUAUUUUCUGUUGUUGCUCUUUUACUGCAUUCUUUACCGUAGCUGCAUCAUAGCGAGGUAGCCUGGUUGUCGAGGCUGCGUGCAGGUGAUUCACUUAAUUGUACGAAAGGGAAGGAGAGGAGAGGAGAAGAGAGGAGAGAGAGAGAGAGAGAAAAAAAGAGAGAGAGACGGAGAGAGAUUAAUACAAAUACGGAAUAUCCGCGCGAGUGAUAUGUUUACGAUUGUAUAUACGCGAUACAUCAUAUGGUUGAUAUGUAGAAGAUGCUAACGAAAUGGUUCGACGAUACUUUGUGAUACGAUAUUAAUCUUUCUUCAGAAAAUAAAGAGAUAAAGACUUAUACACGCGCAUAUGUAUAUUUCCAUAUACUUUUUGCAUCACAAAAAAUUCAAUUGUUUUGGAAUCGAAAAGUUCAAAACAUAUUCAUACGUCAUGUCAUGUCACAUGAUGUGAUAACGAAUAUCAACAUUGAAAUAUAACGCACCUCGAAUACAAAUUACCGAACACUUGUCCAAUAUUUCAUCGUUUAUUCCAUACGCGUCGAUUACUUGAAUGCAUCCAUACACUGCGUAAACUGUUGUGCGUCAUUAAAAGCGUAAUUUGCAUAAGUAAGUAAAGAAUGGAAGAAUAGAAAAAGUCGCUAUUAUUUACUCUUGUAUUUGUUUGCUUUUCAAUGUCACAAGAAAGCCUCGUCUAACUUUUCAAGCGCACUAUCGGUCGUAACUUAAGAAACAGACAUUAGAAAUUUAUCCUUUGGAAACAAUAAUAAUGACAAUAUGUUAGUAAAAUGUUA